UCCAAUCACAAGGGUGGUUUCGUCAUAAUCAGCAAAGCGAGAGAGUGAACAAUUUGUUGAAGUUAGAUGAAAAUUUAUUAACCAAAAAAUAAUUCCAUCACUAAAGAAAAAAUUUUAGCAACAAAGCUUUUAGCAUAAAUAUGUUUCCGCUCCUUGAAAACCGCAACAGCGUGUAUUUGUAUCUAACUGCACUGCUGAUAUUUGCUUUUAACAACAAAAACAAUGGUUAUGUAAAUGCUACACCUGUAUUUCAAAUCCAAAAUGGCGUAAACAGCAACAAUUUCCACUCCUACCACAUUCUGCCGAUUGAUAAAGACAGUGAUUUUAACGCCAAUGCAACAUCAUUGAAUUUAUAUAACCAGCCGCUAAUAACCAAAAUGACACUCAGCGAUAAAGCAAAUCUCACCGCCAUCACGUGGGCGCAUGCGGUUAAUAGUCAGCAAGAGCUGAGCGGUGCGCUCAACAGUAACAUUAACAUGAUUGAGGCGGACAUUGUGCUCGGCAAGCUUAACAACACUGGUGACGAUUUGCCAGUGAUGGCGCAUCCGCCAGCCAAUUCCUCGGAUCUCUCAUUGACUGAAUUCAUGUUGCGCAUUUUGGAGCACAAUGAGGCGCAUGACGAGAAUGCGAAGGCUGUCAAAUUGGACUUCAAGUCCAUCGAAGUGUUUGAGGGCUCGCUGAAUAUUCUAAGUGAACUGAUACCAUUGAUGACUCAACCCGUUUGGUUGAAUGCGGACAUAAUACGCGGACCUGUAAAUCAGACCAGCACUGUACCGGUUCAUCCGGAGCGGUUUUUCGCUGGCGCUGCGAAAUUCGAAUCAGCCGUACUCUCGAUUGGUUGGACGACACGAUGGGGUGCCAAUUUCACAGACGGUGCUUACACGGAGCAGCAAAUCGACGAAAUGCUGCUUGCAAUCAAAAAUAACAAUGUAACCGCCAAACAACAUCCAAUCACAUUCCCCGUGCGCGCUGGUAUUGCCGCCAACAGUUUGGAACAACUGCAUGCGCUGGUGGCUGCUGUCAAUGAGACUAACGAAAGCUCACUCACCAUUUGGUCAUCGGCUGGUGAUUUCGUUGAUGUGCCGAAGUUACGCCAGCUCAUUUUCUCGUUUGGUUUUGAACGCGUAUAUUUGGACGUACCGGCGGAUUUAGCCGAUCAAUUGGGAUUGGAACGCGGGGAAACUGGCAGUGCCGCCAGCAGAUUGCCGUCUUUGCUCAGUUUUAGCAUUGUCAGCGCCUGCUUGUAUUUGACCAGCAUGUGGCUUAAUCGCAUUAGGUUGUAAGAUUUUUUAAUCAGUGGGCAAAUUCCGGGAGAUGGAAAACACGGUACUUUGAAAAGUACGAAAAACUCUAAAUAGUUUUUGAAUAUUCAAAAUUUUAAAUACAUAUACUAUACAUUUAAAAUUAAAUCCGAGCAUUUUUCGCAUAAAAAGAAAUCAUAAAAUCACAUCUCAUCGCGGCGUUAGAGUCACCAAAGCACUGGCCAGGCACUGUGUCUGCUUUAUUUAUGUAGAGCCCGCUGACCGCCAGCUUAGCGCGAAGGUAGCUAAAAAUCUAUGACGACUUUUCUGGUUACAUGAAUCCGACUAUCGGGAGAGCAGUAUGUAAUGGUUAUGAAAAAAAUUUAUAAAAUUUUUUUUUUUAACUUUUGACCAAGCAUUGACAAAACGCAUCCUUUACUAAACAAGUGAAAAUAAAACAAUUCUUAUUUAUAUUACAA